UAAUGAUAUACAUACACAUCUUAACAACAUGUACAAAUUAAAUCAUACAGGCACGUGCAUCCACCACACUUAACUAACUCAAAUUAAGCCUAAACCUCGAAAGCUUCUCCGUCUCUAUAUAUACUUGAUCAGCCUCUUCCACCUUCAUAUUCAUAAAGCCGAUUUAGCCAAACAUUAUGGCGACUGUGACUGAAUCCUCCCCUUGGCUUCUCGGCUUGGCUACGCUUGCAUUAGCCGGCCUCGUUUAUCGGCUUAUUAAGAUUUUCAAGGGCCCUUCUCUUCCUCUGCCGCCGGGUCCUACACCAUGGCCUAUAGUAGGAAACAUGCCUCACCUUGGUCCUAUGCCGCACCAGGCUCUGGCCACCCUGGCUCGGGUCCACGGACCUCUCAUGCACCUCCGUCUCGGCGUCGUUGAUAUUAUGGUGGCCGCCUCGGCUUCAGUCGCCGAGCAGUUCUUGAAGGUUCAUGAUGCCAACUUCUUGAGCCGGCCGCCCAACGCCGGAGCUAAGUAUUUGAUGUAUAACUAUCACGACCUUCUUUUUGCUCCCUACGGCCCACGGUGGCGGAUGCUCCGAAAAAUCACCGCCGUCCAUAUGUUCUCCAGCAAGGCCCUGGAGGAUUGUAGACAUUUCCGUCAGGAAGAGGUAAGAAGACUGGUUAGUAAUCUGGCAAACAUUGGGUCAUCAAGUGGCGUGAAAUUAGGGCAACUUGUGAACGUUUGUGUGACCAACGCUCUAGCAAGGGCGAUGAUAGGGCGGCGCGUGUUCAACGAAGACAGUGCCGGGAGCGACCAGAAGGCGGAGGUGUUCAAGUCAAUGGUGGUGGAAAUGAUGGAGUUGGGCGGAGUUUUCAACAUCAGCGACUUCAUUCCGGCGUUGGAGUGGUUCGACCUUCAAGGAGUGCAUGGCAAGAUGAAGAAGCUGCACAAGAGGUUCGAUGCAUUCCUGACCAACAUCGUCGAGGAACACAAGAUUUCUGAGAGCCACCACCACAAGGACUUGCUGACUACGUUGUUGUCGCUUAAGGAUGUUCAGAACGACGAGGGAACAAGACUCACCAACGUUGAGAUCAAGGCCCUGCUCAUGAACUUGUUUGCGGGUGGGACCGACACGACAACUAGCACAGCAGAGUGGGCCAUGGCAGAGCUGAUCAAGGACCCAGGAGUGCUGGCUCGAGUGCGACAAGAGUUAGACUCAACAGUGGGUCAAGACCGGCUCGUGAACGAGUCAGACCUAGCAGAUCUACCGUACUUGCAGGCCUUCAUAAAGGAAACAUUUCGUCUCCACCCUCCAACGCCUCUUUCGCUUCCGAGAAUCGCAGAAAGUGACUGUGAGAUCUUGGGCUACCACAUCCCCAAGGGCGCGACUCUGCUGAUGAAUAUCUGGGCCAUAGGUCGUGACCAGAAAGAGUGGUCCGACCCGCUAGCGUUCAAGCCCGAGAGGUUCCUUCCCGGUGGAGAGAAGGCUCACGUUGAUAUUAAGGGUUAUGACUUUGAGGCCAUCCCGUUCGGUGCCGGUCGUAGGAUUUGUCCUGGUGUGAGCGUUGGCCUCUGCAUGGUUCAACUUCUGACCGCUACCUUGGCUCAUGCUUUUGACUGGGACCUCCAAGACGGUCUUAACCCCCAAAAGCUUAACAUGGAAGAGGUAUAUGGGGUAACCCUCCAACGAAAGGUCCCUUUGUCUGUGAACCCAAGGCCCAGGCUCGCACCACACGUCUACUCCUAGUUAUGACUUAUGAAUAUAGUUAAUGAGUAACAUAAAUAUAAUUUUCAACCGAUAAAAUAAAUGUACUUCUGAUAUGCUUACAGCUUACAGAUAUUUAGAGUGCACCCUUUCUGUGUCAGAUGUAGAAUUUUCUAAUAAUAAAAAGUUGGCAGC